AGGCCCUCGCUGCCCGGCCCGGCUCCCGAGCUCGAGAUGACGCUGAAGGCGAGCGAGGGCGAGGGCGGGGGCAGCAUGCGCACGGCGCUCUCCGACCUCUACCUGGAGCACUUGCUGCAGAAGCGCAGCCGGCCCGAGACCGGGUCGCACCCGCUGAACGCCGUGGCUGAGGACAUGCACACCAAUGGGUCUGCGGCCCCCCGCAGCCCCACCCAGGGCCAGGAGGUGCGGAAGGUGCGCCUCAUACAGUUCGAGAAGGUCACGGAGGAGCCCAUGGGCAUCACGCUGAAGCUGAACGAGAAGCAGAGCUGCACAGUGGCCAGGGUCCUGCACGGCGGCGUGAUCCACAGACAAGGCUCCCUGCACGUAGGGGACGAGAUCCUGGAAAUCAACGGCACAAACGUGACCAAUCACUCGGUGGACCAGCUGCAAAAGGCCAUGAAAGAGACCAAAGGAAUGAUCUCGUUGAAAGUAAUCCCCAACCAGCAAAACCGGCUUCCCGCGCUACAGAUGUUCAUGAGGGCGCAGUUUGACUACGACCCCAAGAAGGACAACCUGAUCCCUUGUAAGGAGGCGGGACUGAAGUUUGUCACCGGGGACGUCAUCCAGAUCAUCAACAAGGACGACAGCAACUGGUGGCAGGGCCGGGUGGAAGGCUCCCUGCAGGAGUCGGCUGGCCUGAUCCCUUCUCCCGAGCUGCAGGAAUGGCGAGUGGCGAGCAUGGCCCAGUCCGCCCCGAGGGAAGCGCCGAGCUGCAGCCCGUUCGGGAAGAAGAAGAAGUGCAAGGACAAGUACCUGGCCAAGCACAGCGCCAUUUUCGACCAGCUGGACGUGGUCUCCUAUGAGGAAGUGGUCCGGCUGCCCGCGUUCCGGAGGAAGACCCUGGUGCUCAUAGGUGCCAGCGGCGUGGGCCGCAGCCACAUCAAGAAUGCACUGCUGAGCCAGAACCCGGAGAAGUUCGUGUACCCGGCGCCCUACACCACGCGGCCGCCAAGAAACGAGGAGGACGGGAAGGAGUACCACUUCAUCUCCACCGAGGAGAUGACGAAGGGCAUCUCUGCCAACGAGUUCUUGGAGUUUGGCAGCUACCAGGGCAACAUGUUUGGCACCAAAUUCGAAACAGUGCGCCAGAUCCACGCGCAGGACAAGAUCGCCGUCCUUGACAUUGAACCCCAGACCCUGAAGAUUGUCCGCACGGCCGAGCUCUCACCGUUCAUCGUGUUCAUCGCUCCCACGGACCAGGGCGCGCAGACUGAGGCCCUGCAGCGGCUGCAGAAGGACUCCGAGGCCAUCCGCAGCCAGUACGCGCACUACUUUGACCUCUCGCUGCUCAACAAUGGCGUCGAUGAGACCCUUAAGAAGCUGCAGGAGGCCUUUGAGCAAGCGUGCGGCGCCCCGCAGUGGGUGCCUGUCUCCUGGGUGUACUAGGCUGCUCUCCGGCCGGGAACUGUACUCCCCGGGCUUUAAGACACACAGGGUCGCUCCAGCUUUUUCCUCAGCUUCCAGCUCUCUUCAAGUCUCCUACCUGGGCCCAGGGUGUCUCUCUUGAUUACGCUGACUGUCCUGCUAAUCAAACUCGGGGCUCCCUGUGCCCCAAAAGCCUGCGCUCCUUCACCUUUCAUUACACUGGCUGUUUCCUUUGUCUUUCCUUUGGAGAAAGCAUUUUUAACUGCAGCUGCUGUGCGCUAGGAUGAUGCCUGUUCUAAGCAAUAAAACAUUGGUGUGAAAAUGCCAGUGGCCUCGGAGCUCUGCAAAGGGACACAGUGCCUGCUUUGAGCACCCAGGGGACGAGCAUGGGUGUCCCAUCUCCCUGUUCAGCAGCAGGCCUCAGCCUAGCGGGCGGAAUGACCCCACCUCCCCCGGGGCGGUCUGCAUUAGGAGACCCACCUGCGUGCAUAAGUCAUGUGAGAACAAGCAGGCCGCUCUGCAGCCGGGCUCCCCCUGCAGGGGGCUCCGUGAAGGCCACAUGCACAGCCUCUUCCCUCCCCCCCACCCCAGCUUCCUCCACUGGUGGCCCAGGUGACACUGUCCUUCAGUCCUUUCUAGCCUCAGCCCAAGACAUUUGCCUUCAGAACCCGCUCUGUACUCGAGGCAUGAGGUUGUCCUGUCCUGUGCCAAAACCCACUGAAGGCAUUCAUUGAGUUCCCUGUAUCAGCGAUCCAGGACCCCGGCCUCAGGGCUGCGGCCCAAGACCCCACCCCCUGCCAUCAAGGGUUCAUUUUCCUCUUGUACCCAACUACACGGUUCUGGCGUUUACUCCACGCCGGCCUUCUGGUCGUUGAAUGUCCCACCUGCCCAGUAGGUGAGUGGUCUCGCCCACCUGUGCCCUUCAUCUAGUGUGCUGCGGGGAAUGGGGGAAUGCUGUGUCAUGACAUCGAAAUCAAAUUUCAGAUAAGCCAUACAGGUCCUGAGGUUUAUCAUCAAGAUACUGUGUUCUAGCUCAAGGACUGCCAAGCCACAGGAACGCUUAAGAAACUUAAGUCAACUUUAAUAAGUAAAAAUUACAAGUCUUCU